AUGUCCACCUUCGCCAUUCCCAAAGGGAUCAUCGACUACAGUCUUGGGCCUCAUCUCGCCGGGGCGUCUGUCGCAGCUCUGUUUACCGGCGUGCUCCUCCACCAAUUCACCAAGUACCUGACCUAUUCCACGGAUGAGCCGCUGUACCGCCGCAUAUACGUUUACAUCGCCGUUUUCGUCACAGUAGGGACCUCCGGCCUCGAGUUUGCGACGUCUUGGGAGAGGAUCAUCCUUGGCGCGGAGUUCUUUGGCUAUCCCGACCUGCCCAUGACCGGGUCGGGCUCGAUGAUUACCGCCUUCCUCGCUAUCUACGUGCAAAGCUUCUAUCUCCACAGACUAUUCCUCCUGUCUAAGCGCAACUGGUAUCUUGUCACCUUCCUAGGCACUAUCCUCGUCACGGCCUUCGCUCUUAGUCUGGCGGCUGUCGGCCGACGCUUAGUUCCCAGGCCCACGGACAACGCAACAAGUCUGCUUCUAUACAAUGUCCAUCUCGCAUUCAUUCUCACCGGAGACAUCUUGUUGUCGUCGACGACGGUUGGGUACCUUGUGUACUACCGCAAGAAGGUUCUUCCCAGUAGUGCCGGGCUCUUCAUGAGCCUCAUUCUUAUCACGUUCCAAUCUGCUGCCCCUGCAACUUUGUGGAUCAUCGUCGAGUUCGCAUUCUCCAUCGCGUACCCCAACCCGCCUUCCGUUCCGUUUGCACGCGUGUCCGCAGCCAUCGGGAUGAACCUCGUGCUCGCGAAACUGUGGGCGAUCUCGCUCCUCGGCACGCUCAACUCGCGGCCGAAAGAGAAGCCGCACAACCCAACGACCGUGUCCAACGGGGACAACAUCAACAGCCAGGUGUACGUUAGCCGCGGUGGGAUGCGCAAUCUCCAAAGGGAAUCGAAAAUUCGGAUACAGACAGAGACGACGUCGCUGGUGGUUCGUGAUUCUGCAUCGGAUUCGACGCAGGCGCGGCCGCAAUACAAAUCGGGUAUGUCUGGAGGGUCGGGGCAGGCGAAAGGCUGGACGGAUGAUGGAGAGACAGCUUGA